CAUGGGCGUACGCAGGUGGGGGCAGGGGGGGGCAGCUGCCCCCCCUGGAAAUCUCGCAGAACAUGUAUGAACUCGCCUAAUUACUAAUCAAAGUGUAAACGGGACCUUAUUCUCUUACUUUUAAAUAAACCUCGCAGUAGACACUGGCAAAAUGCACGGUGAAAUUGCCAAAAAACCGCGCGCGACGAUGGCAGUCGAAGAUUACCGUAUCUAGCCGAGCGUUCAAACGCUCGGCUGUAUUCGGUAAUUUUCGGUAGGGAGUUGCGAGCGCCUAACAUUUUAUUUUAUUUGAAAUGUUAUUGUUUUGAAGGAGUCAAAUCAAACGUAGGAGAGGUGAUAAAAAAAUAAUAAUUCAGUGUCUCUACUCCAUAUCAAAGUAUAGAAAUCUGUCUAAUUGAUAUUGUGUAGUGAUGACACGCACAUACAUUCUGCUGAGCUAUAAUAAAGAUAGAUAUGGACAUUCGAAAUUUUUUUUCCACAAAACCAAAAAAGAGGAAAAUAAUGAGUAAUGACUAUGAAGAUGAUUCCAAUGUCGGUAAAUCUAAUGAGGGGGAUCCAGCACCAGCAUUUGAAUCUACAUCCACUCUGGAAGAUGGAGAUAAUUUUCAUAAAAAUGAUAUCGGGCUAUGGGUUGGACGAUCUUUCGUAAUGACUACCGAGAUGCGAAUGGAAAUGUUAAAGCGAUGCUGGGCACCUCCAGAAAACUAUGAUUACGCUGGUGAUGCCGCACAUUUGAAACGAAAAUUUAAUCACUCUUGGUUAGAAAUGUACAAACCUUGGCUUGUUUACUCAAAGAAAUCGAAAGGUGCUUUUUGUUUGUUUUGCGUUUUAUUUCCGCCGAAACUUGUACGUGGUGUACAGGGAUCUCUAAUUGUCCGACCGUUCACUAAAUAUAAAGAUAUACACAGUUAUUGUAAAGCACAUGUAGAAAGUCAAUGGCAUAGAGAAUCAAGUGCAGCUGCAAAUUGUUUUUGCAACGUAAAAACAAAUGUACAGGUUGCUUUGCAAACAGGCCACGCAAAACUUAUUGAUGAGAACAGAAAUACAUUACAACCUAUAGUUAAUACAAUAAUUUUUUGCGGUACUCACGAUUUGCCAUUGAGAGGAAAAGAAAACGAUGAAGGCGUUUUUCGAGAUUUGUUAAAACUGAAAAUUGAUUCUGGUGAUGAAGUUUUGCGCAAGCACUUAGAAAAAGGCCAUAAAAAUGCUCAAUAUACAUCCCCAAGAAUACAAAAUGAGAUUUUAAAUAUAUGUGGACUUCUAAUUAGAGAAAAAUUGGUCGAUGAUGUUAAGGCUGCAAGUGCCUACAGCAUUUUAGCUGAUGAAACAGCUGAUAUUGCAGGAAAGGAGCAACUAUCGAUAGGUCUUAGAUAUUACGAUCAAAAAGAAAAAAAUAUUAAGGAAGAAUUUAUUGGUUUUGUCGAGUUACAAAAAAUGGAUGCACAAACAAUAGCUACUGAAAUUAAUAGAUUCAUCAAUUCCUUAAACAUUGAUGUUAACAAAUGCGUGGGACAGGGCUACGACGGAUGUGCUACGAUGGCGGGAAAAGAUGGCGGUGUCCAAAAAAUAUUGCGAGAAACGUUUAAAAAGGCUUUAUAUUUUCACUGCGCCUGCCACAAGUUAAACCUGGUAGUAAACGAUCUAAAUAAUGUUCCUGAGAUCCGAAACUGCAUCGGAACUGUAAAAGAUACUAUAAAUUUUUUCAGGGAAUCUGUUUUGCGUCAAAAAUAUGCACCGAAAAUUCCAUUGCUGUGUGAAACAAGGUGGUCGCAUAAAUAUAAAAGUAUUUCGAUGUUUAAAAACCAUUUUGUGGAAAUUGUGGAAGGUUUGGAAAAGCUUUCACAGGAAGGUAAUUCUGGGACAAGAAAAGUAGCUUUCCAAUUGUUAUCCGCAGUUGGACAAACCACAUUCAUAUUGUCUUUAUGUAUUAUAGACAAAUACAAUUCGCUGCUGCAACCCGUCGCAAACACAUUGCAGUCUAAAACCUUAGACGUAAUUAAGUGUGCAGAGCAUAUUCAAACCAUUAAAACAGCAAUUGCGGAACAUAGGCUUUCUGCCGAGGAAGGCACUGAAGAAUUAUUGAAAUCAGCUAAUGAAAUUGCUAAGGUUUUGAAUCUUGAGCUGCGUCUUCCAAGGACAGCAAGCCGCCAACAAUAUAGGGCAAAUCAUCCAGCUGGUUCGUUAAGCGAAUAUUUUCGUCGAUCAUUAUACGUGCCCUAUUUGGAUUCACUAUCAUCCUCAUUAGAGGCGAGAUUCGAUAAGGAACAUUCACCAGCGUUUGCUCUUUCAUUGUUACACCCUGCUCAAAUAAUAAAAAUUACAGCUCCAGAAUUAAGAAAAUAUAUGGACGAAGUAUCCAAAUUUUAUGAAAUAGAAGGAAUCACAUCUGAGGCUGAACUAUGGCGCACUUUUUGGGUUAACAAGCAGGAGGACUUCGAAGAUUUAGAGAUAACAGAAUUAAUCCAACAAUCAGAAUGUUUUUAUCCGCAAGUGAAAACAGCCCUAGAAAUUUUACUGGCAAUGCCUUAUUCCACGGCUACAAUUGAAAGAUCAUUCAGUACACUCAGACGUGUGAAAACGUGGCUGAGAUCAACAAUGAUUGAAGACAGGUUAAAUGGACUUUGUUUGCUCAGUGUACAUAAAAAACUUGUUAACAGUAUGGGCGAUUCUUUCACGGAAGACGUUAUAAACCGUUUUGCAGAAGAUCCUAGAAAAUUACUUUUAAAAUAGAAGCGAUUUAAAUAAAAUAAAAAUGCAUGCAGAGUCAAAUUUACUUUUGUUUAUUUAACUACCUAUAGAGCAGGAUCAUUUGCGGCUGUUUGCCCUACACACUACUCUUCAUAUACGUAAUGUUUCAUGUAGGUGUGUUUAUGUAGUGUGUAUGAAAAAACAGCCGCGGACGAUCAGACCUAAAUAAUCUGACUUGCCCCCCCCUAGGCCAGAAGCUGGGUACGCCCAUGG